GCGCAGAUGCAGCGCAGAUGCACUACCGGUGCACGACCGGGCGAGCGGGCGACGCUGCAGCUGCGUGACCGCGAGCGCGUCUCCGGGCGGCCACACGCACGGUGCACAAUUGGCGGGCUGGUGACAGGGGAGCGUCGCAGCUUCUCAUGUGGUGUGCCGGCGACGAAGCGAAUUCGCACCGAGCGAGGCUCUCUUUCAGCCUUCCCGAACGGGACUCUCCCCGCGGCGUGCUCAAGCGACUCGCCCAGAACGGACAACAACGGGGCUCGGACCUGCGCCCGCCCGCCGGUCACGGAGACGCACCUCGCAGGACCGAGGGCCAUGUGCUCGAGCGCGACGGCGAGCAGGCGCAGCGAGGGCGAGAUGGAUCGCGCGCGGUGGCAGAUCACGCUCGCAGCGGAAGCAAAUCUUGCAUAGCGCGACGCGGAGGUACAUGCCCUCGCCCGAUGCCCUCGAACGAGCAGCCCUGGCCCGGCGCGCCGUCUCUGCGCCCUCCCCCGCGGCCGUCCUCCGCCCGCUGCACGUCACCCGGGCUCUUGCGCGGUGUCAGCUGGUGCACUGCUGUGCUGCCCGCAGACGCUGCCCGCAGACGCCGCCCACAGCCCCGGCGUCCCAGCGCACAGCGCCCGAAGACGCCGCACACGCGCACACGCUGCUACUCACCGCCCACCGGUCCAUCGGGCCUGCGCGCCUUUCAGGCGGAGUCUCGAUACCCCGCCGCUCCGCCACCCCGCCACCGGCUGCCCCGGCCCUGCCGGCGCUCAGCAUGUGGCGCGCCGGGCGCCUGCCGGUGGCGGCGAGGCAGGCGCGAGACGGGCACGCUCGUCGUCGCGUCUGCCAAUGGGCUCGCACGAAAACCUGCUGCACAAGUGGCUGCGCCAGAACACCCAGCCCUACACACACAGGGACGCCCUCUUCCACCACGUCGACGCCGCCCUCACCCGCUAUCCCACCAUCAGACCCAAGACAGACGUCUACAGUUCAGUCCAAACGCCCUGCGUCCUCGUGCCGCGAUCCGUGCUCACUCCCCCGUCUUUCGCAGCCUUCGACGACGGCCGCACCCAGCUGCUCCUCUGCCUCCAUGGGCUCCUCCCGAUAGCAUUCCGCGGCGCGUCGUACAACAUUCCAGUCGCACUGUGGCUCACCAGGGAAUACCCGCAGCAGCCCCCUAUCGCAUACGUCGUCCCCACCAGCGACAUGCUCGUUCGCCCCGGGCCUGACAUGGACGUCAGCGGAAGGUCCCAUAUCCAGUACUUGCGCGAUUGGGAGAAGAAGCCCGAGGUGCGUCCUCCGUCCUCGACGCGCUCAUGUGAUACUGACGCGCCGGAUCCACCACAGGGGUGCAGUCUCGUCGCACUCUUCCAAGCCAUGCAGGACAAUUUCUCGCGUCUUCCUCCGGUCUAUUCCGACCUGCACACGCGGCGACCCAGCCAGCCACGCUGCCCCGCCCGACAGGCCCGGACUACUCUUCGCGGCCUCCACCGCCGG